ACCCUAACAUGGAAAACUUCUUUCGAUAUGGUUGGUGGUCUGAUGCAUGUGACAAAGUUGAUGUAGCCAUUGUUAUAUUGAAUCAUUGUUAUAUUCUAUAUGUAGAAAUCAAAGAAAAAUUCUCAUCAUUGGGAAACGAAAAUUAAUUUUCAUGCUCUGAAGCCCUAUAAAUAGGAAGCAUGCAUCCAAUGGAGGCGAUCCAAGUGAUAAGCAAAAGAGCCCUAGAAAAGCGAUACCGCAGAAGAGAGAAAAAAAGUCACCAUGUCUAUGGAUCUAAAGAAAUCUAACAAGAUCAGAGAAAUUGUUAGACUUCAACAGAUCCUCAAAAAAUGGAGAAGGUUAGCCAAUUCUUCAAAAGCCACUGCUACCACCAAUUCGCCCACUUCCACAAGCAGCAGCAGUAAGAGUAUGAAGUUUCUGAAGAGAACCCUUUCCCUAUCAGAACGUGAGGGAGGGUCAAGCAAUGUUGUUCCAAAAGGGUACCUAGCUGUUUGUGUUGGUGAAGAGCUCAAGAGGUUCACUAUACCAACUGAGUAUUUGGGUCACCAAGCGUUUCAGAUUCUUCUCAGAGAAGCAGAAGAAGAAUUUGGCUUUCAACAAACAGGUGUGCUCAGGAUUCCUUGUGAAGUUGCUGCUUUUCAGAGUAUCUUGAAGAUGGUGGAAAGUAAAGGGGACAUGUUUUCCUCCCAAGAAUGUAGACUCAGCAUUGAAGAGAUGCUGAUGAAUUACUGCUCAGAAAACCAGAUUGCAUAUUCUCACCACCCUCAAAGUCCAUUAUGCAGAUAGUACUGCAUAUUGCAGUUUUUAUCCUUUUGUUUCUUUGUACCUUACUAAACCAAUGUAUGAGAGAGAGAGAGAGCGAGAAAGAGUGAGUUCAAUUACAUUUAAGAGACCCUUUUUUUCCAUUUAUGAAGGAAGGAUACGAUUAUGACUUUCAUUGUCUAUUUACUAAUUCUGGAAAAUGGUUCUGUAAUAGAUUGGCAUGUUUUUAUUUUUUUCAA